AUGCCUCGUGUUCGUUUAAUUACUUUGAUUUUGUUUUCUUUGCUUGCAUACAACAUUGGUUUUUUCAUAUCACGUUCUUUUUUCCGUACUGAUCCAAAUCUUCCUUCAUCAGACAUAAGAAAUAAUGAUGAUGAUCAACGUGCAACGAUAGGUAGCGGGAAGAAAACUAUGUUGACACUUUCAGCAGCGAUUAGUACUUGUAUGAACAAUGGUGAUUCAGUUCAAAUAAAGAAUUUUAUGAUCAAAAGUAUGAAAUUACUGAAUGAAACAAUCGCUAAACUUCUCUCGCAACCAGAACAAGCGGGAGGUCAAAUGGAAGAUUUUCAAAGUCGUUUCCUCGCUCAGAAUCUUCUCCAAUCUGUAUUGGACGUCAACAAGAUCUUUGCAAUUGUCAAUGAAAACGAUCGUGAACGAUUUAUGAACAACUACGCCAUACUACUCAAUGGUCCAUCUAAAGUCAGAGACAAUUAUUAUGAUCAAGUGACCAAAUAUGCGCAUAUAUGUAUUAAAGAACGUUCCAAUUAA